GAAAUUGAGGCAGGGGUGAGAGGUACCCAUGAGAUGUUUUGAGAAUUUUUAUACAAUUAUUUAUUUAAAUAAAAAUGGCCGCCGUAGAGAGCGGAGACGAGAGACUCAGUGAGGAGAAGAGUGAAGAUGCCAACCAGAAUCAGAGCUCCAACGACAAGUACCCUAAGACACACAGCAAGCCAAAGAAGGUGAGGCGGGAGUGGAGGGAUAUGGAGAAGGAGAGGCUGGAGUCUUCAUCCACCACCACUAUGUCCUCCCCUCCUCAUCCUCCAGUCCAGCAGCCCAGUGCGCACCUGGCUGAGGCGGGGCCCUCGGUGCCCAUGGUUACUGCAGUUGGCGAGGCCUCGGCUCUCUCUGAGUCCCCUGCUUCGCCCAAACAGAGGAGGUCCAUCAUCAGGGACCGAGGUCCGCUCUACGACGACCCGUCUCUACCCCAGGGCUGGACACGUAAACUCAAACAACGCAAGUCUGGGCGGUCCGCUGGGAAGUUUGACGUCUACUUGAUGAACCCAGAGGGGAAAGCCUUCCGUUCCAAGGUGGAGCUGAUUGCCUUCUUCCAGAAGGUAGGAGACACCGCCACCGACCCCAACGACUUCGACUUCACCGUGACAGGGCGUGGCAGUCCCUCCCGCCGCGAGAAGAGACCCCCAAAGAAACCCAAGGUAAUGAAACCGUCAGGGAGGGGCCGGGGUCGGCCGAAGGGGAGUGGGAAGUUACGCCCGGCCAUGGAGGGCGUGGCAAUGAAGCGUGUGGUGGAGAAGAGUCCUGGGAGGCUCUUGGUCAAAAUGCCUUUCAGCGCAUCCAAGGCAUCUGAAGUGGCGGGGCAGCCGCCAUCGCAGGUCGUAGUCGCCAAGAUGCGCCCGGCGUGGAAAAGAAAGGCGGACACACAACCGCAGACUGCUCCGAAAAAGCGGGGGCGUAAGCCAGGGUUGGUGUCAGCGGCAGUUGGUGCGGCGGGUUCCAGUACUUCCUCCUACGCAGCGGCUGCUAUCCUCGCCGCAGAAGCCAAAAGGAAAGCUCAGAAGGAGUCUUGCACUAAGCCGGUGCAGCAGACCGCUCUGCCCAUCAAGAAGCGCAAGACCAGAGAAACUGUUGAGGAGUCGAGAGACAUUCCAGCUAUAGCCGGGGCAGGGAUAAGGACAGGGAGUGCUGUGGUGGUGGCAGCAGCAGAGAGGACAGACCAGGGACAGAAGGAUCAGGGACAGAAGCUGCCAAAGAGUCCAGGGAGGAAGCACAAGGACAGUCCCGUGACUGCCGGGCUGUCCGCAGAGGACAGUGGUGGGGCCAGUGGAGGCGGCAGCAGCAGUAGCGUCACUACCCCAAAGAGUCACAGCCACAAGAGAAAAGAACGUACGCCGCACAAACACCUUCAUCACCACCACCACCACCGUCGCCACAGUCACUUCUCUGUAGUGGAGGAUCCUCCUCCCCCACCCUCCCAGCGGCCCCCUCACCACCACCGUCGCCACAGUCACUCCUCUGUAGUGGAGGAUCCUCCUCCCCCACCCUCCCAGCAGCCCCCUCACCACCACCGUCGCCACAGUCAUUCCUCUGUAGUGGAGGAUCCUCCUCCCCCACCCUCCCAGCGGCCCCCUCACCACCACCGUCGCCACAGUCACUCCUCUGUAGUGGAGGAUCCUCCUCCCCCACCCUCCCAGCGGCCCCCUCACCACCACCGUCGCCACAGUCACUCCUCUGUAGUGGAGGAUCCUCCUCCCCCACCCUCCCAGCGGCCCCCUCACCACCACCGUCGCCACAGUCAUUCCUCUGUAGUGGAGGAUCCUCCUCCCCCACCCUCCCAGCGGCCCCCUCACCAUCACUUCCCCGGCUUGACUAUGAGCCUGGUCUCCCAUACAGCCAGGGCCUUGUUGGGGACAGGGGCCCUCCUGCAGAAUGAGCCCCAGGACCUGAGCACCUCCAGGGGCCCCUGCCGGGCCAGCACCACCACGGCCAGAGGAAAGAGAGAGGAGGUCAGGGAGGUCAGACAGGACAGGUGUCCAAAGCCUCCGGCAGCUGCAGUGGUGGGAAUGGGUGACACCAGGGCCAACAAGCAUCAAGUGGACGUGGCAGCAGGGACGGUGGAAGGGAGGGAUUUGAGAGACAUUGUAUCCUGCUUAGUCGUCCCCAGACCUAGCAGGGAGGAGACGGUCUCAGUCGUCCCCAGACCUAGCAGGGAGGAGACGGUCUCAGUCGUCCCCAGACCUAGCAGGGAGGAGACGGUCUCAGUCGUCCCCAGACCUAGCAGGGAGGAGACGGUCUCAGUGGUACCCAGACCUAGCAGGGAGGAGACGGUCUCAGUCGUCCCCAGACCUAGCAGGGAGGAGACGGUCUCAGUCGUACCCAGACCUAGCAGGGAGGAGACGGUCUCAGUCGUCCCCAGACCUAGCAGUGAGGAGACGGUCUCAGUCGUACCCAGACCUAGCAGGGAGGAGACGGUCUCAGUCGUCCCCAGACCUAGCAGGGAGGAGACGGUCUCAGUCGUCCCCAGACCUAGCAGGGAGGAGACGGUCUCAGUCGUCCCCAGACCUAGCAGGGAGGAGGCGGUCUCAGUCGUCCCCAGACCUAGCAGGGAGGAGACGGUCUCAGUCGUCCCCAGACCUAGCAGGGAGGAGACGGUCUCAGUCGUCCCCAGACCUAGCAGGGAGGAGGCGGUCUCAGUCGUCCCCAGACCUAGCAGGGAGGAGACGGUCGAGUCUCGGACGCCGAUCACUGAAAGGGUUAGUUGACUGCAUUGCAGGACCCAUGUCUGUAAGGAGGGAGGAGACGGUCGAGUCUCGGACGCCGAUCACUGAAAGGGUUAGUUGACUGCAUUGCAGGACCCAUGUCUGUAAGGAGGGAGGAGACGGUCGAGUCUCGGACGCCGAUCACUGAAAGGGUUAGUUGACUGCAUUGCAGGACCCAUGUCAGUAAGGAGGGAGGAGACGGUCGAGUCUCGGACGCCGAUCACUGAAAGGGUUAGUUGACUGCAUUGCAGGACCCAUGUCUGUAAGGAGGGAGGAGACGGUCGAGUCUCGGACGCCGAUCACUGAAAGGGUUAGUUGACUGCAUUGCAGGACCCAUGUCAGUAAGGAGGGAGGAGACGUUUAGUGCAGCAGUGGAUUUUAUAAGAAAACAACAAACAAAAAAUGUGUACAUAAAAUCAAAAGGCAGCUGUUGGUUGAUGUUCUUUCUGUGGGAUGGGCUGUUUAUUGACAAACAAAUAACGCAGCUUAAUGAACAACCCACAACAGAUUGCUUCCUGAUACAUUUUUACAUGUUUUUGUUGUUGUUUUUUUGUCAUUGUUUUGUUCUUUGUUUCUGCUUUAAACCUGUUAGUCAUCCACUGCGACCCAUGAUCCUUUGCUCAAAGCUUACAGGACGUGGAGGACCUACACUUCCUGUAUACAUCAUCAGCCGGAAACUAUGGAAUCCAUGGUUUAAGAUAUCAUUGUGAAAAUGGGACUGAAACAGGGUUGGAUUUGCCUAAAGCCAAGGCACCUGUCCUGUCUGGCCCUUUAUAAGUGACUUGUCAAUGUCGUUGUUCUGUGCUCCGUGGAUAGAGGCCUCGCAAUAUACAUAUGCCAUGCAAGCUUCCAAUGCUUCUGUUGUAGCAUCCUCUUACUACCGCAGUACGCUCAGGAUGAGUCCAAAAUGGCACCCGAUUCCCCAUUUUAAUGCACAACUCAUAGGGUCCUGGUCAAACAGUGUGCACUGUGUAGGGAAUCGGGUGCCAUUUUGGAUGAAGCCUCGAUUUUCAGUUCACGCUCUACAGUCCAGGCCUAUUCAUUUAGGUGACAUAUGUUUUCCUCAACCUAUAUUAUGUCAAUUCGUCCCAAAUGGUACCCUAUUCCCUAUGUAGUGCACUACUUUAGACCAGGACCCCUAAAAGUAGUGCACUACUUUAGACCAGGACCACUAAAAGUAGUGCACUACUUUAGACCAGGACCCCUAAAAGUAGUGCACUACAUAGAGAAGAGGAUAUCAUUUGGGACUCACCCUGAAGCUUUGAAACUAAAACACUGUUGACGCUGACAGAUAACUUCCUAUCUGAUGGUUGAGGUGAUGAAACCACAGGGUUUUAGAGGCCUAGAUACACCAACGACGUGUGGUUUGAUGAACGUUUGGCUACUGAAAAACAGGUUUCAUUUGAUUUCAAUGUGUUACAAUUACAAUCCUACUGAUGCCUUUUCUCGUCGUUUACUUAUGUAAUGGAGGCUGACUGUGCUCCCACAAAUAAACAGAAGCAAAUAAUCAUUAAAACUGUAUUUUUUAUUUGUAUUUUUUUUUACUAGUAAUGCAAAUUAUAUAAUACAUGAACAUUGUACCCAGUUUCUCCUAAAUUGAAGUGUUUCCCCAACAGUCAGACAGGAAGCUAAAAGCACAACUGGACCCAGGCCUUAUUAUAGCCAAUGCUCCAUGGAUUCGUCACAUUUUUUUGUUGUUGUUGUCAAUACCUAAAGUAUCAAAAGUUUUCUAAUACUCAAAUUACAUCCCAAAGACAUUAUCAAUAACCAAACCCACUGGAGGAAGUGAUGCUGUUGUCUGUUGUGUAGGGGUGGGAAAAAAGGUAAAUAAUUAAAAGGUAGACAGCAUCGUGGGCCAAUUUCCACUACAACUAGGAGCGUCGAGGCUCAACUUCUCCACUGUUUUGGUCCCGUUAAAAAUCUAAACCAGUACACUUGUGCAGAUACUGUGUGAGAGCUCUCUACUUGCUCAUCUCAAUAUCUCCGCUACUGUUCGUGACAACGUCAUUUAGUCAAGUCUACUUUAUUUUAAAUGUAUUCAGUUCAGUUCUAAAAAUGUAUUUAAAUAGAGGAUUGAUGAUUAAAUAUUCCAGUUUUGACGCAGCCACUGGAUGUCAACACAAUGCUCCUUUGUGCCGUGCGACUGCAUUAUCUUCUGCGCCAUGCGACUGCAUUAUCUUCUGCGCCAUGCGACUGCAUUAUCUUCUGUGCCAUACGACUGCAUUAUCUUCUGUGCCAUGCCACUGCAUUAUCUUAUGUGACAUACAGCUGCAUUAUCUUCUGUGCCAUGUGACUGCAUUAUCUUAUGUGCCAUGCGACUGCAUUAUCUUCUGUGCUGCGGCGACAUUAUCUUAUGUGCCGUGCGACUGCAUUAUCUUCUGUGCCAUGUGUCUGCAUUAUCUUCUGUGCCAUGUGACUGCAUUAUCUUCGGUACCAUGUGACUGCAUUAUCUUCUGUGCCAUGCGACUCCCUUAUCUUAUGUGCAUACCACUGCAUUAUCUUCUGUGCCAUGCGACUCCAUUAUCUUCUGUGCACACACCUGCAUUAUCUUCUGUGCGUGCAACUGCAUUAUC